GUGCGGGGCAGCCUGAGAGGAACAUCAUGUAGUUUAACACAGACCGCGUUACAUUUAAUAUUCUGACUUCUGUGUUUCUUCCCUCCGUUCGUUCAACUGGAAACUUUGCGUUUUUUAACCUCCAACCGACAUCAUGUUCCUGCGCGGGUCUAAAAAGCGACGGUCGAACCGCUCGCAGGAGGAAGAGGACCCAGACAGAGGCCAGCCCUGUAUGCGCUGUGGAGACCAGUGCCCCGGCUUCCGUGUCCAUGGCUGGAGGAAAAUCUGUGUGCACUGCAAGUGUGUGCGAGAGGAGCAUGCCGUGCGCUCGGUGCCGGGACAGCUGGAAAAGAUGAUGACGAAGCUGGUAUCAGACUUCCAGAGACACUCCAUCUCCGACGACGACUCGGGCUGCGCCUCCGAGGAGUACUCAUGGGUCCCACCUGGGCUCAAGCCCGAACAGGUAUACCAAUAUUUUAGCUGCUUACCUGAGGACAAGGUGCCUUAUGUGAACAGUCCAGGGGAGAGAUACCGAAUCAAACAACUGCUGCACCAGCUGCCGGCCCACGACAGUGAGCCCCAGUACUGUAACUCUCUGGAUGAGGAGGAGAAGAAGGAGUUGCGUCUGUUCAGUCAGCAAAGGAAAAGAGAAAACCUGGGCAGAGGCGUUGUCAGACUCUUCCCGGUCACUAUGAUGGGAGCCAUUUGCCAGCAGUGUGGCAGACAGAUCUGCGGUGGAGACAUAGCGGUGUUUGCCAGUCGGGCUGGACACGGCAGCUGUUGGCACCCGCAGUGUUUCCAGUGUGCCUCCUGCAGCGAACUGCUGGUGGAUCUGAUCUACUUCUAUCAGGACGGACAGAUCUACUGCGGCCGGCACCACGCUGAGAGGCUCAAGCCCCGGUGCCAGGCCUGCGAUGAGAUUAUUCUAGCAGAUGAAUGUACAGAGGCAGAAGGAAGAUACUGGCACAUGAAGCACUUCUGUUGUUUUGAGUGUGAGGCAGCGCUUGGCGGUCAGCGUUACAUCAUGAGAGAGAGUCGACCGUACUGCUGCUCCUGCUACGAGUCCCUGUAUGCAGAGUACUGCGACACCUGCGGAGAACACAUAGGUAUCGACCAGGGCCAGAUGACCUAUGAGGGUCAGCACUGGCACGCUGUGGAGUCAUGUUUCUGCUGCGCCCGCUGUCGACUGCCUCUGCUGGGGCGUCCCUUCCUCCCCCGCGGGGGGCUCAUAUUCUGCUCCAGGCCCUGCUCGCUGGGGGAAGACCCCAAUAACUCAGACUCGUGUGACUCAGCGCUGCAGAGCAGACCACCUCAGCAUAACAGACGUAGCGGGACAGCAGAGAAACACCAGCAGCAGCAGUGUGGUUCUCCACUGAAGCCACUAGAGGGCAUCAACAUGACAGCAAAAGACUGCAUUCACACUGCAGUGGAAAACAGAGGCGUCCACUGCACAGCUCCAGUGCAAAACGGAGUUCCUGCACCCAGUGGUAAUCCUCAUCCAAGAAGCUCCUACUCACCUCUUCCCCACAUUCAUCUAGGAAAUGGCUUAGGUCCGUCUUGGCCCAGCGACGUUCCACAUUACAGCUUAGUGCCGGCGGACUGUGGUAUGAAACCUCCAGUCAGUGGUCCUCAGUUCCAGGGAGAGCGAAAUGAAAAUACUGCACUCACUGGUCUUAAUUCCAAAGGAACCUCGACUGCUAAAGACUGUAGGAACUGGGUGGAAAAGACCAAUCAGCUUAUGCAAGUGUUUCCACCCCAGAAAAACUCACAUGCAAACCACAUUGUUUCACCUGACUCGCCUCCCAGCAACCCAUCAAUCCUCCCACCUCCCCUGCCCGUCAAGACUCGUGACUUGAUAUCCCGGGAGUCACCUCCACUGAACCUCCCCCAACUAGAGGAUAGACCCUCGGAUUCUCCACCCCCGCUGACUCGGAGUGGCACAGCUAGAGUCAGCUUCAGAGAACCAAUCAGCAGCAGCUACUCGGUUGAUGAGGAUGAGGAAGAAGAAGAGAAUGAAGAGGAGCUGAAAGAGGAUGAGGAAAAUCAGCAGGCCGAGGACGAGAUGGAGGGAGGUUUCGGAAGCAGGUUACAUCUACAGAAAGGUAUCCCACCACAGAUGGAUCUACUCGAUGGAUCCUCUUACCAUCAGCGGAGUCUGAGGCGAGGGUGGAGUCGCUGCCGUAUCCCCUCUGACCCCUCUCUCCAUGCGGGCUCAGAGAGGCGAUCCAGACGCUCACGGCCCGACCGGCCCCGGCUGGACACCCUGGACUGGAGAGCCGAGAAAGAAAGGGACAACCGCGGCUCCUCCAAUGCCUCUUCACUGACCCUCCAGCCAGGCCACUACAAACAUGAAGACUGUUCUACCUGCUCCUCAUCCUCAGACUCAGAGGAGGAGGGCUACUUCCUUGGUCAGCCAAUACCUCUGCCCCCGCAGCUGAGAAAACAGCAGCCUGAGCAGCUUAAAGACAUGGAGGCAGAGGAGGAGAGAGAGGUGCAGAGAGACUGGGGACUGAGAGGCAGCAUAAGGCGGAGAAGAGCUCACAGUCUGGGUGCAAAGGACAAAGAUAAAAACUGUGCUAUUUCCUAACCUUCACAGCAACAUCAACACACCGUGUCAUUUUCUAAAUUGUGGUGCACAAGAAGAACUAAUGGCCCUUCACUAUUCUGGCAUUCAAGUUCUAUGACGGUGACAUGGUGUUAAAUCCAACACGCGAGUGCUGACUGUUUCCGAACAUGAACCACAGCCAUUGUUCCUGCUUAGCAAAGGGAAGGAAAAUAAACCUCAGAAAAGUCAGUACCUUAGCUUAGCAUAGCUCCGUGGUAUUGACUUCUCCCUGUUCAACUCUGAGAUUUUACAUCAUAGAAAAUGACGUGCACGUGCAUGUAUGAAUCAUGUGGGUAGUGAUGGAUGUUGAAUGAUUAUUGGUUAUGCUUUAUGUCUGGACUGCAUUUUAACGUGCAGGAGAAGACACUACAGUUGGACGUCACUGCUUUUUAUUAGUACUGUCAUUUACAUUAUGUAAACCUCCAGCAGCACCGGGAAGUGAAAGCACAUUCCUUCAUUGUUGUUUGUAAAAAAAACAAACAAAAAAAAAAAAAAACAAUAUUAAGUAUAUCUUAUUUUAACUCUGCUGUAACCAUUUUCUGUGCUCUCAUGUGCAAUUUUAAUGUGAUUUAUAUGGUUGUGUGAUCACUUCAGCAAACUGUGGUAGUUUUUCUAAAAAUCAAAAAGGAUUUGUGUGAAUUUUGGAUGUUAGGUUUGUUGUAUGUAUGUUGUAUAGACCAAACACGAAUACUGCAAAAUCUGUACAACACUUUUCAUGUCUCUAAUCAUGUAUGGCUUAAAGGUCAUUUAUUUUUAUAUACCUGGUGUAGGUCACUGUUCCUUCAUGCUUUAUUUUGGGUGAAGAAAGAUGAUGAUGAUGAGAGUUUGAUUGAUCAUGAGACAACUUUGUGGUAACAUUAAAUUUGUCUGAAUUGUUGG